AUGAAGGCCAUGAAACUCCUCCGUUUUUGCUCCAUGAUUGUGGCAGUUCUAGCCUCACCUGUGAGUUCAAGUUUAUGCUCAGUUUCUCUACCCCCUCACCUCCGGAAGGACUGUCACCCUGACCCUGGAGCUUCUGAAGUCAGCUGUCUGGCCAGGAAUUGCUGCUGGUCCCCAUUUAAAACCCCAGGCAUCCCGUGGUGUUUCGAGGGAGUUGAUGCAUGUUCUGCAGUACCUGUCUCUGAACGAGUUGACUGUUAUCUGGAACCAGAGGCAAAUGAAGCUUCCUGUGAGAACCGUGGAUGUCAUUGGUGUCCCACUGACAAUGCCACUGUUCCGUUUUGCUUCUAUAACUCCAAAGAGGAGGCUGAAUGCAUCACAAGAUUUCCUCUUCAUAAGCGCGUUGAUUGUCAUCCUCAACCUGGGGCCACUCGGGAAGCCUGUGAAGCUAAAGGCUGUUUCUGGUGUUCUACAAACCUUGCCAAUGUGCCCUGGUGCUUUUACCCAGCAGAUGGUCCAUAUGGCUACACUUUAAGUGACCAACCUCAAAAGACAGCUAAAGGAUGGAGGAUGAUAUUAAACAAACGUGACACUAUAUCCUUAUUUGGAGAUGAUAUUUCCCCAAUUGCAAUGGAUAUAGAAUACCAUACCAAGGAUCGGCUCCGAUUCAAGAUUUAUGAUCCUAAUAAUGAACGAUUUGAAGUUCCACUCAAUAUUGAUUCUCCCCCAAAUACAGCUGAUGACCGUAACUAUGAAGUUGAAUUUCGAAAUGAUUCAUCCUUCCAAUUCAGAAUAAUAAGAAAAAUCACAGGAACAGUAUUGUGGGAAACAUCUUUUGGAGGCCUGAUUUUUUCUAACCAGUUUAUUCACAUAAAGACCACUUUUUCAUCCUCUUCAGUCUACGGAUUUGGUGAACAUGAACAUCCAUCUUUUAAGCAUACUAUGAAUUAUGUGAAAUAUGGAAUGUUUUCCAGAGAUCAAGCACCAGCAUUUGGCAAUCUCUAUGGAGUUCAUCCUUUUUAUAUGUGCAUAGAGAAUGAUUUUAAUGCUCAUGGUGUUCUUCUUCUGAAUUCCAAUGCCCAAGAUGUCACCCUGAGUCCACAUCCUUCUAUAACAUUCCAGACCAUUGGAGGAGUACUUGACUUCUACAUGUUUCUUGGCCCUACGCCUGAAAAUGUUGUCCAGCAGUACACAGAGGCCAUCGGACGUCCAUUUAUGCCUCCAUACUGGUCUCUGGGAUUUCAGCUGAGUCGAUGGGGCUAUAAUAACAUAAAAGUGCUGCAAAAAACAGUUGAACGUUUGAAACAGUAUAAUAUUCCUCAUGAUGUUCAGUAUGGUGAUAUUGACUACAUGGAUUGUCAGCUGGACUUCACAUAUGAUAAAACUAACUUUGCUGGUCUUCCUGAGUAUGUUAAGGCCCUGAAAAAAGAUGGAAUGCAUUAUGUCAUAAUUUUGGAUCCUUUUUUGACAAAAGAUGAACCAGAAGGUACUUACAAGCCUUAUGACCUUGGACAGGAAAUGGGAAUAUGGAUCAAUAAUUCUGAUGGAGCCACACCUGCCAUUGGGAGGGCCUGGCCUCCAGGAGAUUCAGUGUUUCCAGAUUAUACCAACCCCCUAACAACAAAAUGGUGGAUCCAGAUGUGCAUGGAAUUUAAAAACAUCAUUGAUUAUGAUGGGAUCUGGAUUAACACUGGAGAGGCAACAGUUGGGGAGGGAGGUGGACAAAAAGAACUGUUGUAUGACCACAAUAGGGCUAGCAUUGCAAGCAUUGAAAACACAAACCAAGAAAGGAACUCAGGUCAGUUUUACACCAGUGCAGGUGAUAGCUCUGGUAGCACAGAUAUGAAUGAACCAUCCAAUUUUGCAACAGGACAGCAGCCAGGAUGUGCAAACAAUAAUCUAAAUAAUCCACCCUAUGUGCCUGAUAUCACUGAUGGAGUUUUGGCUGCAAAAACAUUAUGCCCAGAUUCAAAGACUUUUCUGGGAGAUCAUUAUGAUACACAUUCUCUGUUUGGCUGGUCACAAGCAAAAUCUACCUAUUAUGCCUCUCAGAAUGCUACAAGGAAGCGAGCAUUUGUUUUGAGUCGUUCAACAUUUGUUGGGAGUGGGAAAUACACUGGCCACUGGCUGGGUGAUAACGUUUCACGUUGGAGAGAUUUGCAUAUGUCAAUCAUUGGCAUGCUAGAAUUUAAUCUCUUUGGAAUUCCAUAUGUUGGAGCUGAUAUAUGUGGGUUUAAUGAAGAUACAAAUUAUGAACUUUGCCUGCGCUGGAUGCAACUUGGGGCAUUUUACCCCUUUUCUAGAAAUCAUAAUUCAAUCGGAAGCAAAGAACAAGAUCCCGGGGUGUUUGGAGAAGAGUUUGCUACGAUUUCCCGUUCUGUGUUAUUAAUUAGAUACACACUGCUGCCUUACUUAUACACCCUCUUCUACCACUCUCAUAUCAGUGGAAUUUUCUACCCUAAAAAACCUAGAUUUACAUCAGAUCCUCAGACUCAUGGAAUUGACAAAGCAUUUCUUUGGGGAUCAUCUUUAAUGAUUACCCCAGUUCUUGAAAAGGGAGCAAAGUCCGUGACUGUGUAUUUUCCUGAAGCAUUCUGGUACAACUUCUAUACAGGGGAACAAGUGCCACCUUCUUGGCAGAAGAUGUUUGUUGAAAUUCCUGCUCCUCUGGAUAUAAUUCCUCUUUUCAUUCGUGGAGGGAAUAUUCUGCCAAUUCAGGCUCCAGCCAGAACAACGGAGCAGAGCCGCCUGAAUCCUUUUGGCCUCAUAAUUUCUCUAGAUGAACAGGAAGAAGCAUGUGGCUCUCUUUUCUGGGAUGAUGGCGACUCUAUUGACUCUAUUGAAAAAGAAAACUACUUCUAUGCCGAAUAUAAAUUCAGUAAUGUAAGUUAA